UAACUAUGUUCAGUCAUGCAUGGCCUACUUUAGCAUUGCGACUAAUUAACCUGAUCCGCGCCAACCCUUAAUUUAUCUGAUAAAGCCCGGCAAAUGACACACUGAUACUAACUUGAGCCCAUGACCACAGAUAUUACUACGUGACGACCGGCCAAGCCAUGUCUAGCAAAAAAAUAUUAUUCCAGUUGUACCUCAACUUGAACGUCCAACCCUGCAGUCAUUACACCCCCUCUGCUCAAGUUGCACUGCUGCCACCUCGAGGUGUAAAUAAUGUCUUUAUCGUCCUGGUGACGAUUGUGGUGUACGAUUUUGUGACUAACCUAGGCGACGAGCUUAACUACCUCUUGAGUUCUCGAAUGACACUGGCGAAAGGGCUAUUUCUUGGAUGUCGUUACACACCCUUCGUGAUAUGCGCCCUGCACGCUCGAAUGGACCUCUCACCGAGCGUUGAGGGUUGCCCGGGACUUGUUGAAAGUAACAUAUUGCUCCUUGGGAUUGUUCUACUAUGCGCGGAGUGUGUCUUUAUUCUACGAACAUAUGCGUUAUGGAACUGUGACCGGCGUGUUCGAAUCGCGCUGUUAGUAUCGUACUUGGGCUUUUUCUGUGGGAUGACAAUACUAGUAGUAGCAUCCGGGCUACAAUCGAACAUAGCGAAUUUCGCACCAGGUUGUUACACCAGUACUUCGGUUUCGGCCGUUUUCAUUCUCGCACCCUAUAUAUUUUUGUUACUCCUUGAAAUCGAGAUUGUUGGUCUCACCUUGUACAGAAUGAUCAGACACUAUCGUGCCACACGCUGCCGGCUUUUAACAUUGCUAGCACAAUACAGCGUAGGCUAUAUCGUUGCUGGGCUAUUAUUCACCAUAGUCAAUAUCGCUACGAUCUGCUUUGUUCCGGGCGAUUAUGGCCCAAUGCUUGAAGGGUCACAGAUCGUAGCACAGGGUCUUCUUGCAACUCGAAUGCAACUUGACCUAUGGAGGCUUAAUCGCCACUCACCGGCAGUGGCUCCUGCAUCGUAUUCGACCGAGUACGAUCAAACGGAUCUGGAAUUUGAGUUGUCACAAAGAGCAUCUACCAUACCCAGUGGCACUGUACGGUAGUUCCAUAGUAUAGCGCGGUUGUAGGCGGUUGUCCAGCUUUUUGUCCUGCAGUUACAGUGUCAUAUCGUGACGGCGCCGGCGCCAGUCCCCGACUCGCUUAUUCCUGGCA